AUGGUAAACGUAGUGGAUGCCGAUAAAUCACAGGUAGAAACCAAGGGACCAAUAGAAAAUGAACCACAAAUACUUAUUGUCAAAGAUGAAAAUCAAAUAUAUAAGAGGAAUCUAAAUGUAUCUAGUAACACUGUAUGGGGAUUGACAGGAGGAAAUGGAGUAUCGAAAGGAGUUGACUUACUGUCAGAUUCGAAGACUGUGCCUCGGUUUUCGCCGAUUUGGAAACAGAGCUUGGCAGCCUCAGCACCAAUUUUAUUAGGUUUUGCUGCGGGUUCGACAUUCGGUUUCUCAGCGAUCUUACUGCCACAGUUGAAGGAACAAGCUGGACCUAUUCCAGCAGAUGAAGAAACAGCGUCAUGGAUAGCUUCAAUCGCAACCCUACCGGUGGCUCCUGCCUGUCUUAUAUCUGGAUGGAUAUUUGAAAGAUUUGGAAGAAGACCAGCUCUAUUCAUCACAUGUGCCCCGUUUCUACUUGGAUGGGCUCUCAUAAUAAAAGCAAACAACCUCACCCUCAUGCUGUGCGGGAGAUUUUUCACAGGGAUGUGCACAGGAUUAAUAGGUCCUUUGGCAUCGGUCUACAUAGGAGAAACUACGGAACCGAAGUAUAGAGGUCUCUUCCUCGCUGCUAUUUCAUUAGCAAUGGCAUCAGGAAUGUUUUUCUCGCAUAUUAUCGGCACAUUUAUAUCAUGGCAGUGGACUGCGGUCAUCUGCGCUCUAUUGCCAAUAUUAAGUCUAGUUUUACUUGUUUUUGUACCAGAAUCUCCCACUUGGUUAAUAUCAAGAGGUCACAUUGAGGAGGGUGCCAAGGUUUAUUACUGGUUAAGAGGGUAUAGUGAUGAAGCCAAAGACGAAUUGAAAGAUAUAAUCGAUCGUAAAUUAGCAAACGAUGAUGCCCCAGUAGAAACUUGGAAAGACAAAAUUCGUUAAUAUAAAUGCCCGGAAUUUAUAAAGCCGUUAGUGAUUAUGAUAUUCUUUUUCUCAAUGUCCCAAUUUGCCGGCGCAAAUGCAGUUGCUUUUUAUUCUGUAGAAAUUAUCAAAAAGGCUUUAGGAAAAGAUAUUGAUCAAUAUAUGGCGAUGCUCCUAAUAGAUUUUCUGAGAUUGUUAGCGUCAGUAGCAGCCUGUAUCAUAUGCAAGCAGUACGGGCGAAGACCUGUAUGUUUUGUUAGCGGAGGCUUGACAGCAAUUUCAAUGGCAGGACUAUCAAUAUUUUUGUAUCUAAAACCAGAAAAUAUGGCUUGGAUACCCCUAUCAUGUUUCAUGCUCUACAUUUGUGCGAUUUCAAUUGGUCUAGUUCCGUUGCCCUGGAUGAUGUGUGGGGAGAUAUUUCCGACUAAGGUUCGAGGCUUAGGUUCGGGAGUUAGUUCAGCUGUGGGUUUGGUCUCUGUAUUUGUAGUAGUUAAAACCGCACCAGGCAUGAUGUCUCACUUGGGACAAGUGUUUACUUUCUCGUUUUACGGAGCGAUCGCCUUUAUUGGAAGCAUCAUAUUAUUCUUUGUUCUCCCUGAGACCAAAGGAAGGAGUCUACAGGAGAUUGAAGACAAAUUUAAAAAUCAAAAGAGUAAUGGCUCAAAGUUUUGA